GAUCGUCACCACAUCCCACCUCCACUACCAGUCACUUUGCCCCAUCUCCCUCUCCGUCAGUGUGCUUAAGUUCUGGCGCUGGAAUUCCUCGAUUAACCCUAUUCUUUAAUGUUUGUUUAAUGAGUGUUCAUGAUCGCACUGCAUAGGUGUUGAGCCUUCCGGCCUGGCUGAACCCCUCUUCUCCCAUUCCCAACUACAAAUCACCCAAAACAUCCCACUCCGCGUCCAAGAUGGCCAGCAAGGAGGGGGCCGCAGAGCAGGCCUUUGGCCCUGUCCUCGCGGCAGUCGCUACCAUGCAAGGAAACGUCUCACGCACGGAGAAGACGCACGCUCACGAGUUCCUUGAAAAGUUCCAGAAAUCAGUCGAAGCAUGGACUAUUACCCAUGAAAUGCUACAGUCCCCCGAUGUCCCUGUCGAAGCCAAGUUGUUCGCAGCGACCACAUUGAAAGGAAAGAUUAUCUUCGACCUGGACCAGUUGCCCGCGGACUCAAUACUGGCUCUCCGAGACUCCGUUCUGAACCUGCUUGUGGCUUUCGCUGCAGGUCCCCGACCGAUUCAGACUCAGCUCUGCGUUUGCCUGGCGAGUCUUGCCAUUCAGAUGCUGGAGUGGAAAGAUGUCUUGCCCACAGUUGGAUCGGCACUAGGAAGCAGCGCGGGUGAUUGCGUGUUGGAGUUCCUCAAGAUUCUCCCUGAAGAAGUGACGGAAGGUCGCAAAAUCAAUCUCAGUGAAGACGAUCUUAUAGCCAGGACGAAAGAACUCUUGGAAGAUAACGCCGAACAGGUCAUGCAUCUCCUGAUUCAAUACGCUCAGUCAUCCCCCACUGCAUCCACUAACCCGCGUCUCCUGGACUGUGUCACAUCAUGGAUGCGCGAAAUUCCGGCGUCGAAGAUCGUUGACUCCCCUCUGAUGGACGUGAUUCUGAAGGCUUUGGAUGACGACAGAUCGUUUGAGUCCGCGGUAGACAGCAUGUGCACUUUGUAUAGAGACACCCGGGAAGUCGAUGAGUCGCUGCCCAUCAUUCAGGCCUUGUACCCGCGAAUAAUGUCCCUCCGCCCCAAGAUUGCCGAGUUUGCCGAGGCGGAAGACACAGAUGCAUUCAAGGGUGUUACGAGGCUUUUUGCGGAAGCUGGCGAGGCCUGGGUGGUCUUGAUAGCACGCCUACCGUCGGAAUUUCGUGGGCUGGUUGAAGCAGUCCUAGAAUGUUGCGCUCGAGACUGGGAGCGUGACGCCAUCUCUCUCACUUUUGUCUUCUGGUACGAGUUGAAACAGUACGUGACAUUGGAGAGAUAUGCGGAUUCUCGGGUCGUUUUCAGCGACAUCUUCUCUAGUCUGGUGGAUAUUAUGGUCAAACACCUGGAAUAUCCGCAGCCGGAGGAUGGUGAGACUGACCUUUUCGGCGGCGAUCGGGAACAGGAAGAAAAGUUCCGCCACUUCCGCCAUGCCAUGGGAGACGUGCUGAAGGAUUGCUGUGCUGUCAUUGGAGUCAACGAGUGCUUGAAUAAAUCGUAUCAGCUGAUCCAGCAAUGGGUCUCCAAGUACGCCUCCCAGUCCAGCGAUGAGCACGUUCCUAACUGGCAAGAACUUGAAGCGCCGCUCUUCAGCUUGAGGGCUAUGGGCCGCAUGGUUGAUCCUGAGGAAAAUGCCGUUCUCACACAGGUCAUUCCCUUGAUUGUGCAGAUCCCCAACCAGGAGAAGGUGCGGUUCCAGGCUAUUAUGGCCCUCGCGCGCUAUACGGAAUGGACCGCGCAGCACCCCGAGACUUUGGAAGCGCAACUGAACUAUGUGAUCUCAGGCUUCCAGCAUAGCUCCCCAGAAGUAGUUCAGGCCGCAGCCUUGGCCUUCAAGUUCUUGGGCACGGACUGCCAGAAGUUGCUCGGUGGUCACAUUGCUCAGCUACACUCCUUCUACGAGUCAGUUCUUGAUAAGUUGAAACCGGCUAGUCAGGAAGAGGUAACGGAGGGUGUGGCGGCCGUGGUAGCAGUGCAGCCACUCGAGAAGAUCUAUGAAACGAUGAAGUUGUUCUGUGACCCCAUCAUGGCACGCAUCAUGAACCUAGCGAACAACGCUAAGGAUGAAGAGGGCCAACGAGCUGUUGCUGAUCACCUUCAGUUGAUUACGAUAUUCGUCUUGGUCGUGAACCCCUACGUCUCACCUCAAGAGGAAAACCCCGCAGUGAAGUAUUGCGGCGAGAUCUUACCAAUCAUGACAACCAUCGCGAUGAACUUUACCUCGUCCACGCCGAUUCUAGAACGCGUAUGCCGUUGCUGGAGGAACAUGAUCAUCUCCUAUCGCACAGCUAUGACUCCGCUCCUACCCACACUAGCGCAGAGCCUUGCAAGCGGAUUUCAGGCAUCACGAGAAGGAUGCUUCUUGUGGGCCACCGAUGCUGUCGUGCGUGAGUUCUCAGAGGGUGUCGAGUUUGUCGAUCCCUCUACUAGUCAUGCUGUUUACCAGUUUUACGAGCAACAAGCGGUCGCCUUCCUGCGCAUCUUGAAUCUGACGCCGCCAGAAAAUGUGCCGGAUGUGAUUGAGGACUUCUUCCGUCUUUCCUCGGAUGCCGUUCGGUACUACCCUAAAGAGUGUGUUACGUCCGAUCUCUCUGCGCCGAUCCUCACCGCAGCACGCACUGCUCUCAGCCUCCAGCAGAUUGACCCUCUUAUGGCCACACUCCAUUAUUACCAUGAUCUUUUAAGCUUUGCUUUCGACAAGCCGACGGUGUCUGAAUUCACCACGGCGGAUGGAAAUUCCUACAUGAACCCUCCUGAGAUUCGCCAGGCCGUAAAGCAGCUGAUUGCAUCGGAAGGGCAAUUACUCACGCAAGCAAUCCUGUCUGGCAUGAUGUUCACGUUCCCAGGAGAGUGUUUCCCCGACGCAUCAAGCGUGUUGAUGUCCCUGUUCGAACUCAUGCCUGAAGACGCGGGGGCUUGGCUACAGGCUACGCUUCAGAUGCUCCCCGCUGGCACGAUGAAGCAGGGUGAGGCGGAGAGACUACUGAAUGGCAUCUUCGAGAGAGUUCACUCGGGUGAGACGCGGAAGAUUCGGGCCCUUCUUCAAGACUUCACCAACUCAUACCGGCGACGAAACGUGGCACCUAGAGAAGGUUUGGGCCGGCUGGAGGCGACCCGGUUCCGGUUUAGCGGAUAGAUUGUCUAGGGAAGGAGGGGAGGCCAGGACUGAGCAAGUCAGGAACCGCUCAGCCAAGCGAGCGAUCCCCAACACCCGCCAAUGACGCUCAGCCCUUGAAGGCGGGAUAGUCCUUGGAAGAUUUAGCGCACGUCAUGCGACCUGGCCGGAGACCAUCAAGCGUUCGCACGCGUCGAAAAUCGAGUUAAAAUUUGCCCAAUCAUGUAUCACUUUUCCCUCCCUGCCUACCUGCCUUCCUUCACCCCCUCCCCGUCUCCCAGCAUCACCCGUAUACGAUUUGAUGCGGCUGUUUUAGAACCCGAAGCCAGUCUUGUGGAGGUUAAACCCGCCAUGACCACUGGGGCCCGCAAGCGAACGGGGGGAUCAAGCGCGCUUGCACCUUUUUUCUACUCAUUACCAUCCAUCUACUUACCCAUGACCCGCUUUGUAAAUCGGAA